AGCUGCGCGCCCACGGACAUUCACUCGCGGAGCCCGAGCAGAACCUAACAGAACUCAGCAGACAGAGGAGAGAUGUAAACACUGCCGGAUCUCCUCCAUGCCCUGAAACACUGCUCGCGUUCGACUCCAAUCAUCGGUUUAAUAUCCGCGCGCGCGCACAGGUGUGCUGAUGGCGUGUUCUCUCAGCCCCGCUCUGCUGGCGCUGCUGCUGCUGUCGGCCGGCGCGGCCCCGGGGCCCCAGUGGCCCAUCCAGCAGGUGCCGGUGAUCUGGGCUCAGCACACGGAGGACCGGGCGCCGCCUCACUUCCUGCGGGCGCCUCAGCUGGAGCUCAACACUUCCUGCGGGCCGGCCUGCCACCGGCGAGCGGCUCCACCCAGCGACUCGGCCCUGCGGCUCCGCUUGUCCUAUGAGACGCUGUACUCCAGUGGCAGGCUAACUCAGACCGCCGUGGGAAUCUACGGGUUUGACGCGAACAGCUUCACCCAGACGCCUGCCAGUCGCUCCCGACCCAAACGCCAGAUCUUUGGCCACGACAGCCGCUUCAGUAUCGUAGGGCAGGACUUCCUCUUAAACUACCCGUUCUCCACUGCGGUGAAGCUGUCGACCGGGUGCUCGGGGACGCUAGUGGGUGAACGACAUGUGCUGACGGCGGCACACUGCGUCCACGAUGGCAAGAACUACGUGAAAGGAGCUCAGAGGCUGAGAGUCGGCUUCCUGAAGCAGCAGAAACACGGUCCGGCGGGCAGAAACGGCACGAGCGGCACACCGGACCGGAUGAAGUUCCAGUGGAUCCGGGUGAAGCGCACACACGUGCCGAAGGGCUGGAUCAAGGGCACCGCUAACGACAUCGGCAUGGACUACGACUACGCCCUGCUGGAGCUGAAGAAGGCGCACCGGCGACGGCACAUGAAGCUGGGCAUCAGUCCCUCCGCUGCGCUGCUGCCCGGGAAGCGGGUCCAGUUCUCCGGCUUCGACACCGACCGGCCAGGUCAGCUGGUGUACCGCUUCUGCCGGGCUUCGGACGAGACCUACGACCUGCUGUACCAGCGCUGCGACGCUCAGCCCGGCGCUAGCGGAUCCGGCGUCUACGCCCGCAUGUGGAGCCGCACACGGCAGCGCUGGGAGCGCAAGGUCAUCGGGAUCUUCUCCGGACACCAGUGGGUGGAUCUCAGCGGAUCGCCUCAGGAGUUCAACGUGGCGGUGCGCAUCACACCACUCAAAUACGCCCAGAUCUGCUACUGGAUCAAGGGGAACUACGUGGACUGCAGAGAAGGUUGAGGAGCACUGAAGAUUCUCUUACAUAUGCAGAAGAGUUUCAGUCCAGCAGUAUACAAGAACAUGCUGAAGAUCAACAUGCUAUAAGACACUGUUUUUAAAGACUUCUUAAAGGGAUAAUUCACUCAAAUAUGAAAAUUAGUCCAUGAUUUACUCUCCCUCAAGUCAUCCUAGAUGUGUAUUACAUUCUUUCAGACAAAAAAUGUCCUGACUCUUACAAGCUUUAUAAUGGCCGAUUCUGUCAAAGUGCAUCAAUCCAUCAAGUGCUCCACAGGCUACUAGAGAUUAAUAAAGGCCUUCUGAAGUGAAGCGAUAAGUUUGUGUAAGAAAAAUAUCCACAUUUAAAACGUAAUCGACUAUAAUAACCAGCUUCCGGCAGACGGCCUGUAAAUCAUGGGAUCAUUUUCAUUUUUGGGUGAACUAUCCCUUUAAGCCAUUCUAGUACAAAAGGAAGGUUGUGCCAAAGAAUGUUUUUCCAUUAAUGUCCAUUUAAACUGUUUUCAUUAUAAUAUAGUAUGUUUUAUGAGUGCCUGAUUUUAAGACAAACUAAAGGAGACCCACUUUAUUUGAAGUGUCUUUAACUACUAGUGCAAGUACUUGCAUUUACAUUAAUCAUUUGAUACCAUGCAAUUGUGUUCAUACAAGGUAUUUCCAUUUUAAAACUGCCUACAUGUAAUUGCUGUUGACCUUUGACCUUACCCGUACUCUUGUUCCCCGCAUCCCACCUCAAGAGUGUCUGAAACACAACACAAACAUUGAACCCUAACAAUUAUUAUUAUGCAAGUACAUAAAGACACCUGAUAUAAAGUGUAACCAUUAGAGGAAGAUGUUCUGGACGGACACUGGUGAAGGACUGGGACAGAAAGGCACUGGUGAAGGACUGGGACAGAAAAGGACUGGGACAGAAAGGCACUGGUGAAGGACUGGGACAGAAAAGGACUGGGACAGAAAGGCACUGGUGAAGGACUGGUUUUCUCUACUGAUGUUUGAAUGGAAAUGCUAAUGUUUCUGCUUAUGUCUGAGAACUACUGUACGAGAUCCUGUGUUUCCCUCUGGUGGUGAGAGACGGUUUUGCAGAUCUCCACACACACACACACACACACACACACACACACACACAUACUGUAAACCAGUGGAUAAUCAUUCAAUGACACUAAUUACUUUCAGAGUUUUAAUGUCCUCUGUUACAACACAUUAAAAGCUUUUGCUAAAAAAUAGCACCAGUGAGUAUGAGAGACGGCUGCUGGAACUGCAGAUUAGA